AUGGCUUGUAUUCCGGAGAACUGUCAAGAAGAAUAUAGAUUCGAAUCUGUUCGAUUAGCCAGUUUUAAAGAUUGGCCAUGCUCGUGGAUAACACCGGAAAAACUGGCAGCAGCUGGAUUCUAUUACACGGGCAAAGAAGAUAAGGUGAAAUGUUUCGAAUGUAAACUUGAAAUAAGCAAAUGGGAAACGAAUGACAAUCCACUGGCCGAUCAUCAACGGUGGUCCAGACGAUGUCGAUUUGUUGAAAACUUAUCCUACGGCAACGUAGCCAUUAGUGUGGAUUCUAGCACAAUUCCAAAAAAUAUGGACAAAGCAGACGAGAAAUCCACGUGUUUUAUGUCGGCAUGGCCAAAAUCAUCAAAACAAACAAAACAAGAUCUUGCAAAUACUGGAUUUUAUUACACGGGGAGAGAUAAUCAGACGUUGUGUUACUAUUGCGGAGGAGGAUUGAGAGAUUGGAAUCUGGAAGAUGUUCCUUGGGAGCAACAUGCAAAGUGGUUUGAAUACUGUCCGUUUCUGAUUGUUUGCAAAGGACGCGAUUACAUAAACACAGUCAUUAACGGAACAUAUUAUACACGGAACAAUUCAAUUAAUUCACCUAAAGAAAUACAAGAAGCAGACGAGAAAGCGGACGAAGAUACUAGCAUAUUGCAGCAGAAUGUGAACUAG